CCGAAAAGGUUGCUCCAUCUUAAUUGAAGUUUUUUUUUUUUUUUUCCUUUUUUCUUUUUGAUUCGAAACGAUGAACGUGUCCGACAGUGUCGACUCGUAUCACGUCGGAGUCGACGAGUCGUAUCGCCCUCUUCCUUCUCUCUACUUGGCCUUCUCCUUCGUCUGGCUCCUCUCCGCCUGCUCCUGGACCGUUAACACCUACAAGAAUCGUCACUUGCAGACCAAUAACUUGCAGUGGUCACUUGCCUCCGUUCCUCUUCUUAAAGCCUUGCAACUAACUUUAUCUUUCCUUUUCUGGUAUUCAUGCUUUUAUAUUCAGACAUGCUCCUUAUGGAUGUCAUUUGGGGUAUAUGUAACUGGGGUGCUCUUUCAAACAGCUUCUGUUGUGUCUUUUUUACUUAUUUCUCAUGGCUAUUGCAUCAUGUCUGAGCACCUAUCAGUUGCUGAGCAGCGAACAACUGCUUCUAUUGGCUGUAUCUUUUAUUUGACACUUAUCGGUUACCGAGCUUCCAUACCUUACUUCACUGUCAUACUUCUGAUUAAUUACUGCAUUUCCUUCUAUGUGAUCUUCCGACAUAUAUAUCAAAAUAUACUAUUAUUGCAAGAACAACUCAGUUUUAUUAUGGAGGAAGAUGUUCAAGCAAUGCAUGAUGCUAUUCAAACGAAAUACGAGAUGUUCAAAAAGUUCCAGGGAGUAAUGCAAAUCGUUGCCAUGGCAGAAAUUGCGAUAUUCUUAAACAUGGACGAUUCGUUGGAAACUUACUGGCUCCGUCUGUUAGUACGAGAAUGGGCCCAAUUCUGCAUCUUCAGCUACAUUGGCUGGAUCUUUAGGUCACAAGACAUGGCCCCCCGUUUCUCUGUUAUGCCAACUGUUAAGUCUGAAGAUAGUAGGAUUGUCCCUCCUAUUUACAGCGUUGAGGUGGAUGCAGCAACUUUCAGAGAGUUUAGCAGUCAUAAUUGGCACAUCGGUGUGCCGACCUCGCUGUCCAGUGGCGACAGUUUAAAGGAUUCAAUUAUAGUGAUAAUUCAACACCCUCAUGCAUAUAAUAAUGGCAGCAAUCAAACCAAGCCAAAMCCGGCAGAUUUUGCUUACUCGCCUGCAGAUGAGGCUGGUUACUCAUGACACAGGAUUUUGAUGUAGUUUCUUUCUUUUUUUCUCCUUCAAGAGGUUACUCCAGCUCUCAUUUUUCAGAGAAUGCUGAUAGAAAUUAUGAUGAAUGUCAAAAAGUCCCUUUUGUUUGGCCUGAGUAUCCCACUUGUUAUUGACAAACAGAUAUACAUUUUACUGAAUCAAAUUGUACAUUCUUCUUCUCUUCUGUGCUCUAUACUUCUUCCAUGGUUGUUUACAACUUCCCAAUGUAAACUGAUUAUGACUGAAUGAUGAUCCUCUGAUCUCUCUCU